AUGUUACCAGUAGCUCCACACAUGCAUUCAAACUAUGGCGGAUUCCAUCCACAUUUUGGCCCUGCUGGAGGGUAUCCUUCUCACGCUAUCAGAUAUCACCAAGAAGUAUUUUCUCCGACAACAUUGUUAGUACCUUUACGUUUUACCGACCAAAUUUUCCGCGAAUAUCCU